AUAAAUGCCUGGACAGAUAACUUAAGUGCAUUUUUCCGUGUUUCAGUAAAAUUACUGUGCGGCCUGGAAGCAUCUCAUGGUGCUGUAGAGGAGGUCCUCUCGUCUUCAGUGAGUGUCGCAGCCAACGCUUUGGACAGCAGUGAUGACCUCGAUCCCGAAGAAGAUGGAGAAAACGAAACUAAAGAUGCCAGCAAGAAGAAAAACAAGAGGAGAAAGGAAAGCAGUGAGAGCGGUGAUGGCGGGCAGUAUCCAGUGGAUAUUUGGUUAAUGCUUGCCUCCUACAUUCGGCCUGAGGAUGUGUGCAGAUUCGCUCUGAUCUGCAAGAAUGCCUGGACUGUCACUUGCACUGGAGCUUUUUGGACCAGGAUUUACAGAAGGCACUACAAGAUUAAUACUGACCUGCCGUUACGUCUCCAGCCUGACUGUAUUGACAGGAUGGGCUCUUUACGUGCACGUGUGAUUCGCUCCCUUUUCCAUUUCUAUGAGCCGUUCAGCUUGCGUGUCUCAAAGAUUCCUGCCCUGCCAGAAUCCACGCCCACAACCUUGUUUAACUCCAAGUGUUUACUGUCCUGGGUCAGAAAGGUUUCAGGGACCCGGCCUGAGGCAUUAUGGGAGUUCAACUUCAAGUUUCUUAAGCAUCAGGGACACAGUAAGAAUGGUUGUGCCAAGUCAUUGUGUCUGCCAAGACAAUACGAAGAUGUCCACCUGAACCCAGACUCUGACUGCUACAUGCUUCAGGUCACCACCCUCAACUUCAUCUUCACCCCUGUGGUCAUGGGCAUGUCGCUAUCCCUCUUCACAAUCAACGUUAGCACAGACAUGCGCCACCACCGUGUCCGCCUGCUGUUCCAGGACUCUCCGCUCCGGUGGGGGAAGAAGAGGGGGGAUCAGGGCGGCACCCAGGUGGUGUUGGAUCCCGUACAGAGUGUAAAGAUCAUGGAGUGGUGGCACCCACAGUACCCCUCCUCAGCCUUUAUAUAGGAGCCAUACCCUUCUUGCAGGACGUCCAUUCAAUGAGAAGUCUUCAGAUAUCUCAGCCUGACUGCUGAACCAUGGAUUAGGUUUAUUUACUUCUUUUGGAAUUUACUGUCCCCAUCAACAUUUCCAUCAUCAACUUUUUUUAAUUGUCAUUGUUGGAUAAAAUUGUUGUUAAAGAAAGUCAACAUUUGAUGGCCAUAGAUGGGAUGGAAACCCCACUCCCAUUUUCAAAAUCAAACGUUGUUGCAUGCCUAUCCACCACUGCAACCUCCACACCCAGCGUUUAGUGUUAUUUAAAAAUCAUGAUUUAUCCCAGAUGUAAAUCAUGUCCUGCAAAAUUGUCCACUGUGAACAUUACUCUUAGUAAUAUUAGGGCUUGUUAUGCAUAAAAAACAAAUCUGCCACCUCCACAAAGGAACUUUGGCAGUACUCUCGACAAUUUAUAAAGAAAAAUUACAAAAGAUUAGUAGUAGUUUCUCAUUCGACAGCUGAAAGAAAUCAAACGUCAAAUUGCUUUGCAUUGUUAUCUCAAAGUUACCUGUGACAUGAUCACAGUGGUAUUUGAUAGAUGAUACAUAUUGAUUUAUUGCCCAGCCCUACAGAUAUGCCAGAGGAACAUGUACAUUUGAGCUCCCGGUUGUAUUCAAAGACUCGUUAUUUUACAUUUGAGAACAUGUUGCAUAUUGAAUCUACAUGUGUCACACAAGUUUUAUUUUUAACAAGUGAAUGAAUGGGUUCAAACUAGGGCUGAACGAUAUAGAGUGUCAUGGCGAUAACCGCGAUAUGCGCAUGCGCGGUAUUCAUAUGGCAGGGAAGUGGGAUUUUAUUAAUUUUUUAUAAUACGUUUUUUUUUUUUUUCAUUUUAGGGCGUGCGAUAUUAAGUAGGUACAUUAACUCAAACACGUCGUGUUACAAUUAUUUUGCUGCUUGCUACAAAAGGAAAACUUGCGCGGCUCUCAUGUCAGGGGUACUUGAGUGAGUGACAUGCAGGCUCUGCAUGCACAGCAAGCCACCAAUCACAAUAAUCUUUAAUCAGAUCACAGCAGGCCCCGCCCUGCUAGUUUGCAGACCAUCAAAACACCGGUAAAAAAUGAGCGAGGCACAGGAGGACAAUACCGGAGAGAAUUAAGAUUUACUUCCAAAAAGAAAAGCAACAUCUGCCAUCUGGAACUAUUUUGGAUACAAAAAGGUUCUUCUCUUCUUCAUUCACAGAUGAACCCCCUUAUUUGAGGGUAAGCAACAUGCAUUAUCAUGACAUGUUAGAACAUGACUUAAGGUAUGAUGAGUCAACCAGUUAAGAUCCAUACUGUACGUCCGUGACUAAAAUCCUUCAUCCGGUUAAAUAUAGUUUAAAAAAAACGCAAUAUAUAUCGCAGGGGAAAAAAAUAUCGCAAUGUCAUUUUUUUCAAUAUCGUGCAGCCCUAGUUCAAACAUUUGUUCUGCCCUCCCUUUUGUUAUGCUUACAACAUCUUUAUUUUGCGUUUUGACAAAGUUGCAGCAAGAAAGUUGUAUUCUUUUAAGAUCAUGUGUUUUGCUGAUAUAUGUAAUUUAAAGGCAGCCACACUUAGUAUUAUGUAAAUAUUAAUGACACUGCAUUUCACACAAGGGGACAAAGAGAUGAUUUACCUCUGAUGUCGUCAUCUACUUAUCUCCUGAUCUGGGCAAUGUUUGAUUUCUUGUGUUUUUUGGAAUAUAAUAUAUAAAAUAUCUUGUUUGUCUCCCUGCUGACUAUGAGCCAUGUAGGCUACCAUACUGUCUCUUGUAGAAUCACGUUCUCAAAUAGUUUGAAGUGGUCUGUUUUAUGAGUCUUGUAUGUGAGUUGAAUCAUACCAAUCACAUUCUUGAAUUGUAUUGGGAGAGAGCUAUCAUUUAUAUUAAUAUAUCCGUGGAUCAAACAUAGUGGAAGCUAUUUAACCUUGAUUGAUUUGCAUCUAUUUGUGCAUGAAAACAUAUUAAAUGAACCACAAACAUUUCACACUGAUGAAAACAAAAUCAAGAUAGCUGAAUGUUCUGAUUAGCACCAGUUGUUUGUUUUAUCGUGAGUUGCAUUGAUAAAUAAACUACACUGAAAUAAAAACUCAAACUGCCCAUUCAAAA